ACAAACAAAUCCAACAGGAAGCGCGUUUGACGUCAGUGUAUCGUAAAUCACGACUCGACAGCUUGUUUGUCUUGUUUUCCUUGGCCAACAUGGCCAAGGUCGAGCCGCCGCACGAUUAUCGUUUCAAGAUUUUGUUGGUCGGAGAAUCGGGCGUCGGGAAGACGUGCCUGCUGCAGAGGUUUACUGAAGAGACGUUCAAAAAGUCGUACACAGCGACUAUAGGCGUUGAUUACAAAGUUAAAACAGUCCAACUUGGAAGUGACAUUGUUCGACUACAAAUCUGGGACACUGCAGGACAAGAACGAUUUAAGACGUUGACUGCAGCGUAUUAUAGAGGAGCUAAUGGAAUUCUAUUAGUGUAUGACAUAACUCAGGAACGUUCGUUUGAUCAACUGACUACGUGGCUCAAAAGCAUAGAAGAGGAAGCACCUGAUACUAUAGAAAUGGGUGUUGUUGGUAAUAAAUGCGAUUUGGAUGAUCGCCGGGAAGUGUCAGUACAACAAGGGAAAAUGUUUGCUGAUGCACAUGGUCUAUUUUGCAUGGAAGUGAGUGCACUUGAGAACAGCAAUGUUGAGGAGGCUUUUAUGUCACUGGCGCAGAAAAUCUUAGAAAGACAUCUUGGAGCACUUCCCACCUCACAUCUAGUACGAUCAAACUCGUUCGAGAUCUCAGACUCUGACCUACAACCCGGCAACUGUACGUGUUAGACCCAGCUGGCUCAUAAACUGCAUUUAUAGUGAUAUACAUUGACUUGUGCUUGCAUUAGUCGUGUGGUAGAUGAUUUUGGGGUGGACAUGUAUUUUCAUAGAAUGGUCUUCUAAGGUUGAUCUUGUUUGAGCUGAAGGCUCGUUUUAGGGGUUACUGAUGGUGAUCAUUUUUUAUGCUGACAUGAAGACGCCUGGAACGAGA